AGAGAGAGAGAGAGAGAGAGAGAGAUGUCGAAGCUUCUUCACACGCCGCAGAUAACGUCCACAGUCCAAGCCCACCGCAAGAGCUUCUCUGCAACAAUCCUCCUCCUAUCCAAGACGCGCGCCCCACGUCUUCCUCUUCUCUCCUCUCUCCACGCGAAAUCCGUCCCUCUCCUCCGCACCCCUCCUUCGCUGUCGAGGGCCAAUCUUUCUCUUACCCGUCCUUCGGGUUUCGUUCCCCCCGCCGCCCAUCGCAGGAGCUUCUCCGUCCGAGCGUUCGAUGAUUCCGCGCCGGCGGCCGAGACCCAGAAACCGGAACAGGAACAAGAAACCCAGAAGGAACAGGAAUCGCGCGCCAAGAAAGACGGGGACUACCCCAGCGGGGAGUUCGAGUUCGAGGAGUUCGGGGCGUGGAAGAAAUUCGGGGUCAAGCUCAAAAUGCUCGUUGCUUUCCCCUGGGAGCGCGUGAAGAAGGGCAGUGUCUUGACUAUGAAAUUGCGCGGCCAGAUAUCUGAUCAGCUAAAGAGCCGUUUCUCUUCAGGACUCUCCCUUCCUCAGAUUUGCGAGAAUUUUAUAAAAGCAGCAUACGAUCCUCGUAUCUCUGGUAUUUACCUCCAUAUUGACUCAUUGAACUGUGGAUGGGGUAAAGUCGAAGAAAUUCGGAGACAUAUCCUGAAUUUCAAGAAAUCAGGUAAGUUCAUUGUGGGGUACGUCCCUACAUGUCGAGAAAAAGAGUAUUACCUUGCUUGUGCCUGUGAAGAGUUGUAUGCCCCUCCAAGUGCUUAUUUUUCUUUGUAUGGCCUGACAGUUCAAGCUUCCUUUGUAAGAGGUUCCUUGAUACUUGUUAUUGUAGUUGUUAUUCUUUCUCUUCUUUUGAUGAGGUCGGGGGGAGUGGGGAGGGGGAUGAGGUUAUAUGCGAACCAUUUGCAGCAUCUGCCUAGAUGUUUAUUUGAUAAAGUGGGAAUUGAACCACAAGUUGAAAGGAUUGGUAAAUAUAAAAGUGCUGGGGAUCAACUCAUGCGAAAAUCCAUGUCUGAAGAAAAUUGUGAGAUGUUGACGACCAUACUGGAUAACAUAUACGGCAGUUGGAUAGAUGAAGUUUCUUCAACAAAAGGGAAGAAAAGAGAAGAUAUUGAGAACUUCAUAAAUGAAGGAGUUUUUCAUGUAGAACGGCUAAAAAAAGAGGGCUUCAUAACUGACACGCGCUAUGAUGAUGAGGUGAUAACAAUGCUGAAAGGAAAACUUGGAGUGCAGAUGGAUAAGAAUCUUCCGUUGGUUGAUUAUAGGAGGUACUCAAGAGUUCGCAAAUGGACCCUUGGUUUAUCUGGUGGUAAGGACUUAAUAGCUGUAAUACGAGCCUCUGGUGCUAUAAGUCGCGUGAAAAGUCCAACGAGCCUUCCCAGUUCUUCCGGUGUGAUAGCAGAGCAAAUCAUUGAAAAAAUUCGGGUUGUGAGAGAGUCAAAAAAAUUUAAAGCUGCUAUAAUCCGAAUUGACAGCCCUGGUGGCGAUGCUCUAGCCUCAGACUUCUUAAGUGGGUGUUUCAUGAUGCUUAUGAUGAGCAGAAUGUGGAGGGAGAUUAGGCUACUGGCUGAAUCAAAGCCUGUUAUUGCAUCAAUGGUUGAUGUGGCAGCAAGUGGAGGAUAUUACAUGGCAAUGGGAACACCGACCAUUGUUGCAGAAAGUCUUACCUUAACUGGCUCUAUUGGAGUUGUUUCAGGGAAGCUUAACCUGGGGAAUCUGUACGAAAAAAUAGGCUUCAAUAAGGAGAUCAUCUCAAGGGGAAAAUAUGCUGAGCUCCUUGCAGCUGAGCAACGACCUUUUAGGCCAGAUGAGGCAGAGCUAUUUGCCAAGAUGGCAGAUAAUGCAUACAAAAUGUUUCGUGAUAAGGCGGCUUUCUCGCGAUCAAUGCCGGUUGAUAAGAUGGAGGAGGUUGCCCAAGGGAGAGUAUGGACAGGCAAUGAUGCUGCUUCGCGAGGUUUGGUUGAUGCAAUCGGCGGAUUUUCUCGGGCUAUUGCGAUUGCGAAAGAGAAGGCCAAUAUACCACAAACUAAUAAGGUCACACUUGUCGAGCUGUCGAGGCCAUCUCCUUCGCUCCCCGAAAUAUUGAGUGGGGUAGGAAGCUCUCUUGUCGGGGUCGACACCGCGAUGAAGGAAUUGCUUCGAGAAUUGACGUUUGCUGAGGGCGUUCAGGCCCGGAUGGACGGAAUAUUAUACGAGGGGCUAGAGGGCGCUUCGUUCGCAAAUCCAAUCUUGACCAUGAUAAAAGAUUAUCUGAGUUCUCUCUAGAGCGUAAGCUCCAACCAGUCUCGCGGUUCCGCCAGAAGUACACAGCAGCCUCGCUCGGUGCAGCGGGGGCGGGACGGCAUGACAUUCGCUACAGAAACGCACGGCACUGCUGCCCCGGCUCCGCAACGUGGAGCGGCCUCACGUGAUAUCAACAUCUCAAGCCUGUUCAAAGCAUAUAGAGACGGAAUAAGGAUCGGUGAUGAUAUCAUUAGUAAGCUUCUAUUUAAAAGAAAGUGCCUAUUGAUUAUAUAUAUUCAAAAGCCGGAGCUGCGAGAAUGAUCGAUCAUUUAUUGCCCACGU